UGCUGUAUUUUCAAAGUGUUAGACUUUUAUGUUUUUCAAAUUAGGUGUUGUGGUUCCUCGGAACUUCCGCUUGCUUGAAGAAUUGGAACAGGGCCAAAAAGGAGUUGGAGAUGGCACUAUUAGCUGGGGGUUAGAAGAUGACAGUGAUAUGAGUCUUACACAUUGGACAGGCAUGAUUAUAGGCCCACCUAGAACUCCAUAUGAAAAUAGGAUUUACAGUUUAAAAAUAGAAUGUGGCCAACAUUAUCCUGAAGAACCCCCUUCUUGUAGGUUUUUAACAAAAAUAAAGAUGAAUGGAGUAAGUGAAAGUACUGGCUUGGUUGAUAGAAGAUCAAGUACAGUACUUAGUCGUUGGCAAAGAACGUAUUCAAUUAAGACAGUUCUUCAAGAACUUCGUAGAGUCAUGACAUUGAAAGAAAAUCAGAGAUAUAGUCAGCCACCAGAAAGCUCCACUUUUUAGCAAAACUAAAUAUGAUGAAACUCGGUUACAGUUAGCAGAUUGUAAAUCAUUCAAGCACUUCGUAGUCUUUGUACUACUGUGAAUGAGUGGAUGUAUACAAACUGACAUCAACUGAUUAGAGUUCCACUUAUGUCAGUUUGAAAUGUGGACCACUUUUGUUUCAGUAAUCAGAGUUUUGUAUGUUUUCAGUAUCAUGCUAAAUUAAUCCUAAUCUUAUGUUGAAAGUGUAAUGUGUACUCUUAGGUCUUGAUGACAGCAAAUAAUAGGUUACAGCAUCCUUUUGGACAAAGUUUUGUGAACCAAAAAGAUAAAAUUUACUUUUUUUUAAAAUUAGAUGUUAAUAUGAUAUGUCUACCUAAUGAUUUGUAUUUCCAGGUGACUGAUGGAUCUCGGAGAAAGAAACCAUAUUUGAUGAAAGGAAGAUAAGGAUUUUUCAUGUUUUGCUGCAACAGUAUGGUUUUUAUAUAAGAAAACCAUUAUGCUUAGGCUACAGUGAUCAACUCUUAAAAUGUGCCUGUCUUGUGGCUACAAAUAUAUGAUUAUUUGUUCUGAAAUUUGGACCCCUUUUUAAUUGUUAAAAAGAUUUGGUUAAUUGCAUUGGUAAUAACCACCACUGCUAUACAUGCAGUAUUUUAAAUUUUUUUUCUUAUAAAAUGCCAGUAAUUUAUUUCUUCAAUAUCAACUGUUGUAUUAUUAAUAUAGAACUGUGAAAAAUGGGCAUGGUCACUAGUUUGUUCAAGUGAUUUUGAUUUAUAGGUUCUAAGCUUCUUUCCUUGACCAUUUAUAUAAAAGCAAGAAAAUUGAGUUUUAAAAAUAAGUUAUUUUAAGUAUCUAUCUGUUCAUUCCUACCCUUCAUCUGAUUUUUUAUUUCUGGUUUCAAAAUGUUUCUGGCUUUGUAAAAAUAUAGAAUCAGAUAAAAAAUGUCCAUGUUUUGGAUUUUAGAAAAUUCAAAGAAAAAUGUUUUAACCACUACAUAUAUGAGACAGCAGUUAUAAGACAAUAAAAAUGCUUCAAUCUUUCAA